GAUUGAGCUGAAGGUCAUGACCUGGCAUCCGACACUAAAUACAAAGUGGUGUGAACUGGAAGUGAGGAAGAUGGGUGCCUCCCAUGUCACAAAUUGGUGUUUUCUUAUGUUUGUACACCGCUAAUUUGCAACGAACGAGCGAGAAUUUGAUAGAGAUGCUAUCGAAGAUUCCAGUUCUUGAAGGUUACGUCUUCAUCAACCAUUAAAAUGGACAGAAAGGACAUGUCGAAACGGUCCAGUUUUUUUGGAGGCAUCCGCAUCUCGGCCAAGCCUUCCAAGAAGGCGGAAGCGGCCAACAAGAAGGAGCAGCGCCUCCAGGCCCGCCCGUCGGUGGAAGAGGAGGAGGUCAAUCAGGAGUAUGAACGUAUCCAGCAGAGCCUGACGGACACGGAGGUGGAUGCAGCCCUGGAGAAGAUGCUGGAGGACAUGGGUCUCACAGGGAGCAAAGCUGACCCUCUGAGGGCGCGUGACAUGGCUAGCAAGAGGGAGAUGGUGCUGCAGUACAUGAAACGCUCUGGCUCCUCCGCGAAUAGAAAAAUGGUGCAGAAACCGGGCGACUACAUCUUAGAGUUGAAGCACUGCGGGUCGGGGGACUCGGAGCGCCUCCUCUCCACCCUCAGCUCCCUGAAGGUGUCCCUGGGCAGUAACACCAUCAGCUGGGUCCAGCAGUUUGGGGACAGUGGCCUGGGAGAGAUACUGAAGAUCAUCAAUGAUUUCACCAACAGGGAAGACCAGCGGAGCGUAGAUAUCAGACACGAGUGCAUCAAAUGUCUGAAGGCGUUUAUGAACAACAAGUAUGGCAUCCAGAUGGUGUUUUCCAAGGAGGGCGCCCUGAGCACAGUGGCAGGGACAAUGGACCCCCGGCACGAGCAAAUCAUGGUGGACACGGUGCGACUGCUUGCCGCCGUGUGCUUGUACCCAGGCGGGCACGAGAAAGUGUUGGCCGCUCUCACAGAUGUGGCUGAGUUCAGGAGUCGGCCGAGAUUUGCCCCCAUCAUUGAGGCUCUGAAGCAGGAGGAGAAUCCUACACUACAGGCGGUGUGCAUGCAGUUAGUGAAUGCAGUCAUUAUCACGCCACAUGAACCCGAAGAGCUUGACUUCAGGUUACACCUACGCAAUGAAUUCCUCAGGACUGGGAUGCUGGAUCUCUUGCCCGAAUUACGAGAUAAUAAGAGCAAUGAGCUGGAAACCCAGGUCACAGUUUUCGAUGAGCACAAAGAGGACGACUAUGAAGAGUUCUGCCAUCGCUUUGAAGGGCUCAAAGUUGAGAUAGACGAUGAGGAGUCAGCAUACCAGCUGCUCCACCAGGUCAUCGCCGACACGCCGGCCGAGCCGUUCUUCCUGUCAAUUCUCCAGCACUUGCUCAUGAUCAGAGAAGAUGGUGCUAUGAGGCCACAGUACUACAAAUUAAUAGAAGAAUGCGUCUCUCAGAUUGUGCUGCACAGAUCGGGUAUGGAUCCAGACUUCAGGUAUACACGGAAAUUUGAAAUUGACGUGGACCUUCUCACAGAGGGAUUCAAAGAAAAAGCGUACUGUGAAACCCUGGAGAUGAAGGCAGGCAAGUUAGAGAAAGAGCUGGAACAAGAGUUGACAGCACGGCAGGAAUCAGACGCAAAGUUGUCUCAGGCCCAUAAAAAAAAUGAAGAAUAUGAGAAGAAGAUAGCAGAACUUGAAGCACAGAUUGCAUCAGGUGUCCUUGUCCCUUCAUCAGUACCAGCUCCACCUGGAGGUGCAGUACCAGCACCUCCCCCACUCCCAGGGGGUGCAGGAGUGCCAGCACCACCGCCACCCCCAGGUAUUGGGGGUGGACCGCCCCCUCCCCCACCACCCCCUGGUAUAGGUGGUGGCCCUCCCCCGCCCCCCCCACCCCCGCCCCCACCACCCCCUGGCAUGGGUGGUGCCCCACCCCCUCCGCCUCUCCCUGGUAUGGGUGGAGGUGCACCCCCUCCCCCACCACCCCCCGGUAUGGGAGUUCCCGGUGCACCCCCUCCUCCCGGUGGGGUGCCCAUGAUAGGAGGGAGGGGCCCCUUCACACCCUCGCCGGUAGCAGAGCUUCCCCACGGAAUGAGAGCCAAGAAGAAGUACGAUCUGCAGACGCCGCUGAAGAGAGCCAACUGGAAUAAGAUUCAACCACGGGUACUUAACAAGGACUCAUUCUGGGUCAAGGUAGAUGAGGAGAAGAUUGAAGAUGACUCCAUCUUGACGGAACUGGCAAACGUCUUUGCUUCCAAACCAGCUGCCAAAAAGCUUGGUGAAGACACUGGUGAUGGCCAAAAGGUGGCAUCAAAGAAGAAGGUCAAAGCCUUCAAGGUGCUGGACGCCAAGACAGGACAAAACCUGGCUAUCCUGCUGGGUUCCCUGAGGGUUCCCCACCAGGACAUGAAACGUUGGAUCCUGGAAAUUGACGAGGAUCAUCUCAAUGAGGGCAUGAUUCAGUCUCUGCUCAAAAACCUGCCAGAACCAGAGGAGAUCAACAGCGUCUAUCAACUUAAAGACCAAUUUGAAGACAUGGCCGAAGCUGAACAAUUCUGUGUCACUAUUGGAGGAAUCAAGCGUCUGAUACCCCGACUACAGUCCAUCAGUUUCAAGAUGAGGUUCCAGGAGUCCAUCCAGGAUAUCAAACCUGUGGUCGUCAUGGGGACCAAGGCUUGCGAGGAGGUCCGAGACAGUAAGAAGUUCAAGAAGUUGCUGGAGAUCCUCUUGCUGUUUGGCAACUACAUGAACACGGGAUCCAGGAAUGCCCAGUCCCUCGGAUUUGACCUCAACUACUUAACUAAACUCCGGAACACCAAGUCGGUUGACAACAAAAUCACCUUCCUGAAUUUCUUGGUGGAGGUCGUGGAGUCCAAACACCCUGAUGUGGCUGACUUCAUGGAGGAGAUCAGCCAUGCGGAGAAGGCUGCCAGAGUAUCUGUGGACACAAUCAGCGGCAACCUACGCAAUAUGGAGAAGCAGAUUAAGCAGCUGGAGUCGGACAUCAAGUCCUUUGUGCCAAGCAAAGAGGGCAACGACAGGUUCAAGGAAGUCAUGGGAGAGUUUUUGAGUUCAGCGAUAGAACAGUACGAAACCCUCCAGAGCAUGUUCACCAACAUGAUGGAUCUCUACAAGCACCUGGGCGAGUUCUACUGCUUUGACCUCUCCAAGAAGCCCUUUGAGGAGUUCUUUGGUGAUCUCAAGGUCUUCACGGAUGAGUACAAGCUCUCAUCCAAAGAGAACAAGAAGAGGCGAGAGGCGGAGGAGAAGGCGAGGAAAGCGCAGGAGGCCAAGCAGAAGAAGGAGGAAGAGAAACUGGCCAAGAAGAAAAGGAAGGACCAGCUGGCAGGAAUGAAGCUGGACGACGACCAGGCGGGUGUUAUGGAUAAUCUGCUGGAGGCACUGCAGAGCGGUACAGCCUUCACCAGGGGAGACAAAGGAGGCAGGAAGAGAACGCCAAGAGCUGCUGGAGCCGAGAGGAGGAAACAACUGGAGAGGACGCGGUCGCGGGUGGGCCUGCUGCAGACCCCGGUGAUUACCUCAGACAUGGCGGUGGACGACGAUGCGGACGCGCCCAAGAUGCAGCAGCAUGCUGUGAGCAACAACAGGACUCGACAGAGGAGACAGGUCAACGCCUGGGGCGAGGGAAGGGAAGGGGAGGACUUGAUGGAGCAACUGAAGAACUUAUAGUGACUGGCAGCUUCUGAGCAAGAAAAGAUUAUCAGAAUGACCUCUUCCUGUAAUGGUCUCAUUGCCUCUCAAUGAAUGAUUAAUGUGGGUGCUUCACGGAUGCCAAAGCAUUUUGCUGUCAUCGCAUCGUCUCCAUAUCUGGCCAGAGUUUGUGCUUCUUACUGUCUCCAGGGGAGUAGAUUUGUGAAAAGUGAACCUUGGCUAUUACUUGGUUUUCAACUCAGCCAACAGGCCAAAUCUCAUGCGUCUGUAUGGACUAAAUCAGAGCGUCAGUCAUCAGUGUCAGUUUUAUUCUAAUGCUAGCGUGGGAUGUAGAUACACAGAGUAAGUACGGAUGUUUUGUAUUGUGCCUUGGAUUCCAACAAGUGUGGAAAUAAAAACAGCUUUCCUGUGAUGCUGACAGGACACCAGUGACAAAAUCGGUUACAGACAGACACGUGAUUAGUUUGCCGAGGCGAACCAAGGGCACAGUGUUGUAAACAAACUAAGUGGUGAAAGGUGAAUCCCAUUUGACAAAGUUUUUACAGAAUUUCAUCACCUUUCACGGAUUUCCUUUUUUUUACUAUGGACUUUGACAAAUUACCGAGGGCACAAUUUCGCGGAGAUUCUUCAGCGGCUCAUGUGACAAAAUAGGAUUGGACUGCUUGGACCCUUAGCUGUAUAUACUGUAUAUAUCGCUCUUUACUAAAAACACAGCUCUCUGUUGUCAGCAUGAAGCAAUCUAACAUUCUUGGGACUGUUAUUACACUUGUUCUCCUUGCUUUGCGAUAGUUAGAGAUUGCACUGCGUCCCUGGCGAUGACAAAGUGUGUGUCGUAAUUUGUAUUUCCUAACACCAUUUUUGACUGAGCAAAAAAAUUUCCACCAUGAAAUGGUUUCUCCUGGGCAACAGAGGUGGGGUCUUUCAUUCUUGAGGACAAAAUGUACUACCGUAAGCAGAUGUAGUUAUAUUCAAGACUAUUUCCAGUUAUAUUUUGAUUACUCUUAUAUCAUGUAUAUUUUUUCCUUAAUAUUUUAAUGUGGAUCCAAAGCUUUAGUUAUAUUGAAUUGCUAUUUUUUUUCUUGCAGAAUUUCUUUUCACAAUAAAUGCUGAAUUCAUUCCAAAACAGACAGCCUAGAUCUAGAUGACAUGACCCAAAAAUGUCAUGAAAGUGUGUUUAAAUAGUAAUGUUAUAAUUCGUGACUCUGCAGCCAGUGUGGUUACAGUGGUAACUGCAACUUAUUUUUUGGUACAUAACAGUUCGGUAAAAACAUGCCCCUGUUCUCAAUUAUUAACUUUGCAACUAAUAGAUUAUGUAACAGGAAACAUUCAUCUCUAUCUCCCACCCCAAGAGUAAGAAGGAAUAAACAUCUGAAGAAAAGUCACAAAAAUACCCAAAUUUCAUGUCAAAAAUAUGGUGUUAUCCAAUAUCUAUGGCCUCUUUCCCACACCUGUUUAGCUCAUCUAGGGGGCUAUGUAGGGCUGUUGUUCAUAAAUAUAUCCAUGUCUCAGUUUUGAUAGCUUGUCUAUGUAUACAAGCUAAAUGCUGCAUGUGGCACCAGGGUCUUUGCCUAGGACAAUGGCAGAUUAUGUACCUUACAUCACAUGGGUCAGUGCAGGAGCCCUGUUGGCAAAGGGUACCUGCAAGAACUUAUGAAAUGUAUUGAAACUGGCAAGUGUUUCAUGAAUCAAAUCAGUUUUCAAGCCUUGCUGGUGUCUGUCUUUGAAGGCGAAAGACCUUCAGCUGUGCUGCAUUUUCUGUACAACCAUGCAACUAGAUUCGACCAAUGACCCUCCUGAGGAUAGCGUCCCCCCUCCUCACUAGGUUUCGUUAUAUUUAUUAGACAUUAUUAUGCUGAAACAGCACAUUUCUGACUUGGAGCAAAUACACAAACUAGAUGAAUGUUUUGAGAUACAUCAAAUCAGAGUGGAUUUUUGUACGCAAGUCACUUCUUUACAAGACGUGGUUAUGUUUCUUUGGAUUAUUAUUCACCGGUCCUAGAGUUUUGGGGGGUCCUGUUUUGUUUUUCAUGAGCCAUGAAGUAAAGAUUAGGGGAAAGUUACCCUCUAUCCAUAAAGAACUCUGAACUGUUGUGUACCAAAAAAUAAGGAUAUUUAAACAGUUUGGUUCUUCAGAUUUAUUUGGUGUCAACAGUGGUUGACUUGUGACAUGUGUAUUUGGUGUCAACAGUUGUUGACUUUGGACAUGUGUAUUUGGUGUCAACAGUGGUUGACUUGGAACAUGUGUAAACAUGCUGAAAUCAAAAAAGACCACAUGUAUGUCAAACAAUGUUUAUUUUGUAGAUUAUAAUAACAGAUAGUAACAUAUUUUUGUCUUGUAAAGAAAGUUGUAGAUGGUUCUUAAUCAUACAUGCUGAUAAAUGUACACUGUACCUAUUGUAGAUAUUUUCUAUAAUCACACUAUUAUUUCAAGAACUAUUGGAACCGCUGUUGCCUUUGCAAGACAAAAGUACAUGUACAAUUGUCAGAAAAACAAGACACUGUGCACGCAUGUAUGCCAACUGAUUUAUGACAUACUCUUGUCUUUGCAAAUAAAAAUAAUUAAGUCACUUUAAUACAGAUAAGCUGAGUGCGAGCAUAGGAAAAACCCUAAACAAGUGACGUUAAUCGGCACAUGCUUUUGCAUACACUGCCUGUUUUAGACACAGAUUGUUUCUUGAUUGAUGUGUGUGCUAAAAUUCAAUUGCAAAAUUCUUCUGAGUGUAUUGGGCUUUUAUUUUCACUGUGGAGUGGCUGUGUUACAAAAACAUAUGACCACUGUACCAUCUAGUGAAAAAGUCCAAUUCCAUUUUAAUCUUUAUCCCCCAAACAUUUUUGUUGAAUUGAAAUAGAGCUUAGUUUUCCAGACGAACUAUUUUUACCAGGGAGGAAUUUGUCAGAUUGUGAAAAAAUGUGUGCAACUCAAUCCAGUGAGCUGAGUUGGAAAUUGCCAAACCUGGUUUGAGUUUCAAGCCAUUAAGCACGUAGUGUUUUGCAGGAAAUCAAGGGGACUUUCAAAUAUUUGCCUAUAAUGAUUACUUUUGGGGUAUCAAAAACCCUUUUUUGUUGACCUGGGGGAAGAAUGCAAAGUGAAAUGUACUCUGAUCAAAGUCAAAAGUUGAUGGAUCAGUCUCAUGGAAUUCGGCUAAAUAUUACCCUGACAUCUUCAAUUUGGGAAGACAUCUGUUUGAGACAUGGCGCCGGCCCUGCUGGCGUGGCUUGAUUAAAUUGGUUACGGAUAAGGCGCACAAGCCCAGAGGAUUAUGGGCAACGGAUGUGUCUGUCUCGGGCCCUGUAUCUGCUAAUGUGCCCCAUGUUGGGAAUUGGCCAGUCCAGGGGAGUGAUGCUGUCCGAUCAGGAAACACAAUCCCUGCGCAUUUACUGGAAAAACUGUAUUUAGAUUCUUUGCCGGUUUAGGUGUCUCGGUUGAAGAAGAGCUUCACUCAGGACAUUUUGAAAGUCAAAAACCGGACACCUGAGCCCUAGUGCAUCAACUAAUGGUGAGAUUUCAGUCUCCACUUGGUGUAAUGGACUGUGUAAUGGUGUCAGCACAGUAGUACUGAGUUUCUAAUUAAUACAUUUAUCUAAUACUAAUGAGAUAAUUUGUUUCAAAAGACCAGUAGUAGCAAUUCAUUUUGGGCAUGGCUCGUCACUGUACAGAGACACACCAGUAACCGAGAGUAGGGAUCAGUUUUCUGUGCAGAAAAGGUACUUGCUUCAAAAUAGUUGACAAGUUUACUCACUGCCUUAAAAUAGGAUUUUGUUUGAUUUUGUUUUGACUUACAGCUUUUGUAUGGGAUAUGUUGGUUUGAAUAACUCGAUUGUCAUUCUUGGACAUGACGUAAAAAAGCAGGGUAGUUGUUUGAUAGAACACUAGAGCUUAUCCAUUUUGUACAUGCAAAUGUAAUGUAUAAGAUAUGAAAGAACUCUUGUACUCAAAUUUUUUUUUCUUUUUAAUGAUAUCACUUCCUUUUUCUUCAUUUGUAUUAUGUGCAUGUACAUCAUUUGGGCAUUCCGCUUUUGUACAAAAACUCUGACAACAGAGUGUUGACUCCUUUCACCAGCAAGUUGAAUUAAAAUGACAUUGAUCUGACACCAGUCUCUACAUUUGCAAA